CUGGCGAAACAAAUAAAUGUCAUUCUACACGACCUGAAUAACAGAAGUGAAAUUUAACAUCGCAGUGAGAAAAAGUGAACCAACCCACUUUGCUACGUACACCAGUCUGCGAACGCUGCUAUAAAUCAGUACGUCUGAAAUCUGGAGAGAACUCUGACUUGAAAGAAUUAUGAGAUCAACAGGUAGGAUGGCACAACUAUCAAAGCAUACAUUUUCUGUCUCACUCUGGAUAACAUUUAUAAUCAUUUUUGGUUCUCUUUGCGAUGGUGGCAAAAUCUUAGUGGCGCCUUUAGAGGGAAGUCACUGGGUGAACAUGGACAUCCUCAUCAAGGCUUUACAUGGUCAAGGGCACGCCAUUGAUGUGAUACGCAACACCAAUAGCUGGUUUGUCAAGGAGAACUCAACAUAUUACAAUUCGAUAACCAUACCCGACUCCAAAGGAAUGGAUGAAGAAUUUGUAGAAGAUGUGCUGACUAAAAAGGUUGAGUAUGAAAGAGGAAAGGGCUCCUGGCUGGGUGGUGUACAGCUGUUUUUGGAUGUGUCCAAAGCUGUUUAUAAAAGUCACAAAUUAGUAUGUAGGCUAAUAACGAACAUAUUUGAAAGUGAGGAUAUUAUGAAAACUCUACAGGAAAAGAAGUAUGAUCUGAUGCUCACUGAUCCAGGAUGGGGUACAGGCAUUAUUCUGGCCCAUAAACUCAAGUUACCCGUAGUAUAUAAUGUGAGAUGGACUACUCCUGGAGAAGGACACUUUGACAUCGCUCCUUCACCAAUGUCUUACAUCCCAAUUACAGGAUCUGGAAGCACGGACAGAAUGAGCUUCUUCCAAAGAGUAAAAAAUGUUUUCUACUAUUUUCUGUUGGACUUUCAGUGCAGCCGUUUUAAUGUGCCACAGUAUCAAGCACUUUGUGAUAAAUAUUUCGAUCCACCUGUAGAUUUUUACAAACUUCUCCAGGGGGCUGAUUUAUGGCUCAUGAGGGUUGAUUUUGUUUUUGAAUUUCCACGUCCAACAAUGCCAAAUAUCAUCUACACUGGUGGCUUUCAGUGCAGUCCAGCAAAGCCCCUUUCACAUGAUUUGGAAGACUUCAUGCAGAGUUCUGGAGAUCAUGGAGUAAUUGUCAUGUCUUUAGGGUCAUUUAUCAGUGUCUUGCCGGAUGAUGUAAGUUCUGAAAUAGCUGCUGCUUUCGCCCGGCUCCCUCAAAAGUUCAUAUGGAGAUACACUGGAAAGAAACCGUCUACUUUGGGCAACAACACAUUAUUGGUUGACUGGAUGCCACAGAAAGAUCUUCUAGGACAUCCAAAAACUAAACUUUUCAUCGCACAUGGUGGAACCAAUGGGGUUCAAGAAGCUUUAUACCAUGGUGUUCCAGUGGUUGGAAUUCCAUUCUUUUUUGACCAGUAUAACAAUCUCAUUCGUUUACAAGCAAGAGGUGGAGCCAAGAUACUUUCCCUCGCAGAUCUAGAUGAAAACUCACUGUAUGCAGCAAUACAGGAAGUAAUCAAUGAGCCAUCCUACAGGCUGAAUAUGCAGAAGCUCUCUCAUCUGCACAAAGAUAAGCCAGUCAAACCUUUGGACAGCGCCAUCUUCUGGAUUGAGUUUGUAAUGAGACACAAAGGUGCUGCUCAUCUCCGUACAGAAUCCUACAAAAUGCCUUGGUACUCCUAUCACUCAGUAGAUGUUGCAGUUACACUGCUUGCAGUUGUUUUGAUAUUCACUUACUCCAUAUUUGUAACCAUUAAAUAUCUGUGUGUCAAGUGUUGUAGCCGAAAAACCGAGUAACCACUUAUAAGUGAUAUGAUCAUUUGACAGUGUUCAGUGUUUGACUAAAAAUAAAGUAUAUUUUGAAAAUG